AUGCAGACCCAGAACCCCCCAGAAUUCAUCCUGGACGCCUUCGCGGACCCGGCGUCCGUAAGGGACGUCGUCAAAGGAAUCCUUCACACAAUCUUCUUCCACCGCUUCUUCCCCGCCGUCGUCCCCUACACCCGCGAGGUCCUCGACCUGACCCUCCCCUACGUCGACGACGUCGAGCUCGAGACCAUGAUCGACCAACGCGCCGCCGCCCUCGCCCGCCAGCUCGACGCCGAGCGCUCCUCCAACACGGGCCUCGGCGGCGGCGGCGGCAGCGGCGGGCGCGGGCAGCUCAACGUCCAGUUCUUCGAGAAGAAGCGCAGGAAGGCCUGGCUCAUGCGCGGCGACGAGGAGGUCUGCUGGGAGUGCUGGACGCUCAAGGUCACCGUCGCGGAGCCCAGGACCGAGACGGAGAGGGCAAAGGUCCGCAAGGCCAUGGAACAAACGCUCAUGACGACCGUCAUGAAGGUCAUCACCUUCGUCAACGCCCACAAGGACCACAUCCCCCCGAUAACGACGCAGGGCUCCAACCCGUUCCCCUACCAGAUCAACAUCAACCAGAAGGAGAGCGGCUGGGCCACGAGGAUGGGGAUAUACUGA